CUCAAGACCUUGGAACAAGACCCUGGUGAGGUCGAGGAGAUGAGGAGAGAGAGUUUUCCAUCUCCUGGACAAGUGGGUUUUCCUGGUUUUCCCUUUGCUCCUGGUCCAAGUCCAACUCACGAAGACUUUGGGAAAGUAACAGAGCCAAAGAAGAGGAGAAUGUCUCAGGUCAGGAAGCAACUGGUGAUAUCGCGGGAUUCCUCUGCCAAAAAGCAGCUGGUGACCAGCCAAGCCAAGGGCAAGCCUGCUUCCAAAGGCCGAGCAUCGAAGCAGGUGGUGAAAUCUGAGAGCUACAGAGGAGGAGGAGGACGAGGAGAAGGAGGAAGAAAAGAAGGUGGAGGAGAAGGAGAGGCCAGGAGGACCAGGAGCAGGAGGGCAAGGAGGAGGGGAAGGCUGGGUGGAGAAAAACCUUGCUUAAACAGCAGUGCCGAAGACAACAAAGGCCCUGCCCAGCCAUUCCCAGCCAGCCUUGAUUUUUUUUGGUCUGCUCCGAGUUUUCGUGCUCUGAUGCUGAGGCGCCUGAGGCGUUUCCUCUCCCAUCCCUAUCCCUUUCACUUUCGCUCUGACUCACCCUCAUUUCCGGGAAUAGGAGGAGAGGGGCUGGCUCCUCUGACACGGGACAAAAGGCAGGGCAGGAGCCGGCUGCACAGAGCUGUUGCAGCCCAGGGAAGGUGA